ACGCCUUUGCAUUCCCAAGUUUGGAGCCACCGAGUGAGGCCCCAGCCUGUGUUCAGUGGGCCGUGGGACUGUGACCUGAAGGGAUCCCAGGGAGGGAAGAAGUCAGCUCUGAUCCCAGAAUCUUCUGUUCAAUGUCAACAGCAACACAGAAUGGAUGGAUCUCUGAAUCCGGUGUCCUUUGAAGAUGUGGCUAUGGACUUCAGCUGGGAGGAGUGGCAGGACCUGGACAUUGCUCAGAGGACCCUGUAUAGGGAUGUAAUGCUGGAGACCUACAGCAACUUGUUGUCCUUGGGGCACUGUGUUUCUAAACCCAAGUUGAUUAUCAAGCUGGAGGAAGGUAUAGAAACAUGGAUGGGAGAAGUCUCAGGCAAGAAUUUCCAAGGAAAUCAUUAUGAAUGCAACACAUAUGGAAAGUUCGACAAACACAUGUCAACUCUAAGAACACAUACUGGAAUACAUAUUAGUGAGAAACAUUAUGAAUGUAAUAUAUGUGAAAAUUCCUUCAGGAGCAAGAAAAUUCUUAGAAGACAUAACAAAAUUGACUCAGGUGAGAGACCUCAUAUAUGUAACAAAUGUGGAAAAUGUUUCUGGUUGAGGACAAUUUUAAAUGCACAUAAUAGAAUUCACACAGGUGGGAAACCAUACAAAUGUAACCAGUGUGGGAAGUCCUUCACCUGGAAAACUCAACUCAGUAUUCAUCAUGGAACUCAUACAGGAGAGAAAAUUUAUAAAUGUAACACAUGUGGAAAGUCUUUUGUCAAGAAAUCAUACCUAAGUCUUCAUGAGAGAACACAUACAGGAGAGAAACCUUAUAAAUGUAACACAUGUGGAAGAUCUUUUGCCCGGAAAUCAUACCUAAGUCUUCAUAAGAAAACACAUACUGGAGAGAAAUCUUAUAAAUGUAACACAUGUGGAAGGUCUUUUGCCCAGAAAUCAUACCUAAGUCUUCAUGAGAGAAUACAUACAGGAGAGAAACCUUAUAAAUGUAACACAUGUGGAAAGUCUUUUGGCUGGAAAAGAAGUCUUAGUAUUCAUGAGAGAACACGUACAGGAGAGAAACCUUAUAAAUGUAACACAUGUGGAAAGUCUUUUGGCUGGAAAAGAAGUCUUAGUAUUCAUGAGAGAACACAUACAGGAGAGAAACCUUAUAAAUGUAACACAUGUGGAAAGUCUUAUGGCAGGAAAUCAAGGCUUAGUGUGCAUGAGAGAACACAUACAGAAGAGAAACCUUAUAAAUGUAGGACAUGUGGAAAGUCUUUUACCCGUCAAUCAUGUGUUAGUGUUCAUGAGAGAACACAUACAGAAGAGAAACCUUAUAAAUGUGAGACAUGUGGAAGGUGUUUUGCCCAGAAAUCAUACCUAAGUGUUCAUGAGAAAACACAUACAGUAGUAGAGAAACCUUAUAAAUGUAACACAUGUGGAAAGUCUUUUGCCCAGAAAUCAUGGCUUAGUGUUCAUGAGAGAACACAUACAGGAGAGAAACCUUAUAAAUGCAACACAUGUGGAAGGUCUUUUGCCCACAAAUCACAUGUUAAUCUUCAUGAGAGAACACAUACAGGAGAGAAACCUUAUAAAUGUAACACAUGUGGAAAGUCUUUUACCCGGAAAUCAUAUCAAAGUGUUCAUGAGAGAGCACAUACAAGAGAGCAAUCUUGUAACACAUGUGGAAAGUCUUUUGUCCUGAAAUCAAGCGUUACUGCUCAUGAGAGAACACAUACAGGAGAGAAACCUUACAAAUGUACCACAUGUGGAAAGUGUUUUACCAUGAAAUUAUACCUAAGUCUUCAUGAAAGAAGACAUACAGGAGAGAAACCUUACAAAUGUACCAUAUGUGGAAAGUGUUUUGCAGAUAAAUCAAGCAUUCGUGUUCAUGAGAGAACACAUACAGGAGAGAAAGCUUAUAAUUGUAACACAUGUGGAAAGUCUUUUACACAGAAAUCACGCCUUAGUGCUCAUGAGAGAACACAUACGGGAGAGAAACCUUAUAAAUGUGAGACAUGUGGAAGGUGUUUUGCCCAGAAAUCAUACCUGAGUGUUCAUGAGAAAACACAUACAGUAGUAGAGAAACCUUAUAAAUGUAACACAUGUGGAAAGUCUUUUGCCCAGAAAUCAUGGCUUAGUGUUCAUGAGAGAACACAUACAGGAGAGAAACCUUAUAAAUGCAACACAUGUGGAAGGUCUUUUGCCCACAAAUCACAUGUUAAUCUUCAUGAGAGAACACAUACAGGAGAGAAACCUUAUAAAUGUAACACAUGUGGAAAGUCUUUUACCCGGAAAUCAUAUCAAAGUGUUCAUGAGAGAGCACAUACAAGAGAAACACAUACAGGAGAGAAACCUUACAAAUGUACCACAUGUGGAAAGUGUUUUACCAUGAAAUUAUACCUAAGUCUUCAUGAGAGAAGACAUACAGGAGAGAAACCUUACAAAUGUACCAUAUGUGGAAAGUGUUUUGCAGAUAAAUCAAGCAUUCGUGUUCAUGAGAGAACACAUACAGGAGAGAAAGCUUAUAAUUGUAACACAUGUGGAAAGUCUUUUACACAAAAAUCAAGCCUUAGUGCUCAUGAGAGAACACAUACGGGAGAGAAACCUUAUAAUUGUAACAGAAGUGGAAUGUCUUUCACCCAGAAGACAUGUUAA